UAAUAAUGAUAAUAAAGAUGAUGACAAGGAAAAAAUUGAAUCAAAAAAUGGUGAUGAAACAAUCGAACCGAGUCCAAAAAUUGAUUCUUUUGCUCAUGAUAAUGAUGACGACGAUGAGAAUGUUAAUAAUAGCUACAGCAAAAAUGAUAUUGAUGAUAAAAUAAAUCAACAAUCAUCAACAAUAGUUGAUACAGUUAGCGAGCGAAAAUCAAAUGAAAAUAAUGAUGAUAACAAUAACGAGGAUGAGAUUGACAAUUUUACUACAAAUAACAAUGAUCAAAAUAUUGAAUCAAAUGAUAAGAUAAAUGUCUCAAGUAGUGAAAAUAGUGAUAAUGAUUUGGAUAAAGUCAUUGCCGAUGAUGAUGGUGAUGGUGAUGUGUGCAAUCUUUCUGAUAACCAUAAUGAUGAUUCUGCUACAAAUCACCAAUCCAAAGACGACAAAAAUGAUGAUAAACCAACGAUGAUGAUGACGACGACAACAACAACUGUGAACACAUCAUCGAAUUCGAUAGAAACAAUGACUGCUGUUGAAGAGCCUCCAAAAUCAAUUAGUGUUCAGAAAAAAGAUACAAAUUCUUUAGGUCCAUCGCAGCAACGACAAACAUUUGCUCAAGUCGUAUCAUCAUCAGCAGCAGCAACAAAAAAUUGUGAUUCAACAACAAUGGUAGCCAAUAAAAAUGAUCAACAAAGUGAUUUGGAAAAAAAUUGUGAAUCAAAAAUAAUUGAUGAAAGUGCAAACGUCAAGAAUAAUGUUGAUACAAAUUCAAAUUCAGCAAAAAUUGAUGAUGAAAAUGCUGAUCCACAACAGCAAUCGAUUAAAGAUGAAAAUGAUGACACCGAUAUUUACCAAAAUUAUCCGGAUCUUACUUUAACACCGAACAGUGAUCAACAACAACAGCAACAAGUUACUGAUCCUAAUAGUAGUAGUAAUAGCUAUGACGAUCAAAGUCAGGAAUCAAACGAUAGUGGUAAAGGAAGCUGUUUGCUUGAAACAAUACCAACAUCUACGGCACCUAUUAAAAUAACAGAAGCUAUGGCUGCCGCAGAAAAUUCUUGGUAUCCAUCGACAGCCAUCAAUAAUAAUAAUAUUGCAAAUAAUUCUCCAAUGCCAUCGAUAUUUGAUACAAUACCAAUGGAUAAUCAACAUUGUAUACAAUAUAAUUUUCGUAUACCAUCAAAUCUUUGUGGAUUCCUAAUCGGUCGUAAAGGACGGGUUAUAAAUCCGAUUAAAAUGUCAACAAAUACCCAAAUUGUUAUCGAGCCUUAUAAUGAAACGACAAAUCUUUGUACCAUUUAUGGCCUUAGACAUAAUGUUUUUCAAGCAUUAAAUUUGAUUAGAAAUCGUCUUCCCGAAGAUACUUAUCCGAAUGUUGAUUUUAAUCAUUUUCCAAUCACACCCACAGUUGCAUUAUCAGCUGCUUGCCAGCUAUCACUGCCUGUUGGCGUAAUGACUGAAGUAAUAUUAUCAUGUACAAUUAAUGCUAGCCAUUUUUUUCUACAACAACCAACACAUCCAUCAUAUCCGAUGUUGAGUAUUAUGGAUCAAGAGAUGAAAGAAAAUUAUUCAAAUGUUGAUACACCACCCAUUCCACAAGUGAAAGAAGGUCUUGUCUGUGCUGCACCUACAGCCGAAGGAUGGUAUCGUGCAUCAGUUAAAUUUGUUCAUGAAUCACGACAAGAAUGUGAUUUAACUUUUGUUGAUUAUGGUGGUGAAGCCUUGAAUGUACCAGUUGAUACAUUGCGUGCUAUACAUUAUCAUUUUUUGCGUUUACCAUUUCAAGCUUCGGAAUGUCAUUUAGCACAUGUGAUGCCAAUAGAUGCUGAAAUAGGUUGGACAGCACAAGCAAAUGCAUUUUUUGAAGAAUUGGCUCAAGGACAGGUGAUUCAUGCAUUUAUCGAAAAUUUCGAUGAAAAUGGUAUACCAUGCAUUAAUCUUUUUAAAAAUGGCGAAAAUAAAACGUGGAUUAAUAUUGCCGAUGAAUUGGUCAAUCAUGGCCAUGCUCAAUAUAUUGUCAAUACACCAUUGACAACAACAACGGCAACGGUGACAACAAAUGAUAUAUCAUCAUCAUCACUAUCAACAACAUCAAUGGAAUCACAACCAUAUUGGUCAUCUGGUCGUUAAAAUUCUGGUCUCAAACGCACCGCAUAUAUUUGUUAUUUAAAAUAAUUGCUCAACAAUUUAUUUUCUCAUCGAAGCCCCUUAUGAUUUGUUUAUUUUUUAUUCUCAAGAACAAA